AUGAGCAUUCCAGAAGCUGCCACGCUCUCCGCCGAGCAACAAGCCCGCCUGCACGAAGUGGCCGACCUGAUGCUCACCAUCUACACCACUCUCGCCGAAAUGCGGUACGUCAGGCCGGUCGGGAUCAUCAAAGGACCCCACGACAUCACGGAUAUGCGAGAAACAUAUACCAAACACAAACUCUCUCCAGAAAUCAUCUACCUCUACAGCAUCCUGCCCUACAUCGACACCGACCUCGCCGACGCCGGAGACUUCUUCCAAGGUGGCGAGUUCUACAACCAUAUGGACCCUCGGCAAGUCGAGCGAGGACGGGAUCCCUGCUACUCCUCGCCUCGAGAGGGCUUCGAUGUUGAACAGGGCGAGUAUAUGCAUCCGUGGUAUACGCCGCUUUCGAACUGCGGGAAUCAUUCCUCGAUUAUUGUGUACGAUGCGAGGGGGCAUCGGAUUUGGAUCCUGGACCAGAUUCAGAGGAAUUCGACGGAUCCGUUCUUUUGUCCGCUUUGGUAUGGGGAGGUGGUGAAGGCGGAGAGUAAUUGGGGGGAUAACGAAGGCUCUGAGGGAAGCAGCGAGUUCUGGGAUGAUGAGGACCAGCUUGACCAAACCGAGCUGGACGGCCUCAAAGCAGAUCGAGCCGAAGAAAUUGAAUACGACGAAGGGUUCGACAUCGUUGAGCAAAUGUCUGAAUGGGAUCGCCCACAGGCUCUCAAUCUCACGAACCAGAACAGUCUCGAACUAAUCUUCAGCCGAGAUGCUACUGAUGCGCUCCGAGACAUCAACCAAUACUAUCGAGACUUGAAGGAAAUCCCUGGCCAAGGCGAGCACACACGCGGAAUCUGGCAGACCCCCAAACUCGUCAGACCUCUGUACCCGAAGAACGGCUGGCCGGACGAUUUCAAUGGAGAUGGUUUCGAAAUCGACAUGAUUCGUGCGGAUGCUGCCAAAAGAGCGAGGCACUUUUCGAAAAUGCCUCUGCAGCAGGUGAGACGCUGUGAGCGCUGGGCUCCCAGCCCAGAGACCGAGAAGCAUAAACACCAGGCCGAGAACGCAUCGGAUCUUGAUGCAAAAUGGGGCGCCCGGUUCAAGCUUUUCGAAGAGGAGGGACACAAGAUGUGGAAUGACAGACAGCUGCAGAGAGCCCGGGAGAAAGUGGCCAAGUAUGGUCGAGAUGGAAAAGCCCAACGAGAGGAAGACUUGCCUUUGUGGGAGUAUGAGCAAAUGCGAGUUGAUAUGUCGGGCUCCGCGGAGAGGACGCAACGCCCGGAGAACUGGAAAGAUGCGUACGGAGACGAUGAGAAGAGUAUCAGAAUCCUCGAAAUCAAGCAUCAACACCACAUUGAUCGCCUAACCCUCCACGAGAGGGCACUUGCAUCGCCCAAAGCCGAUGCCGAACGACUCUGUCCCGGGUGGACAUUUCAAGAAGCGACGGGCAUGAAGUCUCUUGGCCCGCCUGAGAUGUCGACGAAGAUCGAGCGGACGAAAGACGUUCUUGCCUAUUCGCAAAAGUACUUUGACAUGAUCAGGGAGUUUGCCGAGAGCGUACCAAAGGAAGCAACAGAGGCGACAAAGGCGGUCUCAGCGCAUAUGAAGAGGUGGGAGAGAGAUGUCUUCAAUAGACAGGAAUCGUUGAAGAAGUACGAAGAGCGGCUCAAAGCGCAUGGAAAUAUCAACUGA